AUGGAGCUGUUAAUGACCAAGGCUUCCACACCUGGAAUAAAUGAAAAAAACUUGAUUAAUAAUCCACCAAAGAACAAGAUUCAUCCAUUUUUAGGCCGCAAUAUAGUAGCAGCGGCUGCUCCCGCUGGAGGCAAGAAAAAGCAUCCUGUAAAAGCAAUCUUGGCAGGUGGAAUUGCUGGUGGUCUGGAGAUAUGUAUAACAUUUCCUACAGAAUACGUCAAGACACAGUUACAAUUAGAUGAGCGUUCAGCGAAACCGCAGUAUAAAGGACCUAUAGAUUGUGUUAAAGUAACUGUCAAGAAUCAUGGUUUCCUAGGCUUAUAUCGAGGAUUAAGCUCUUUAUUAUAUGGUUCUAUACCCAAGGCAUCUGUGAGGUUUUCCGUGUAUGAAUUUUUGAGAAAUCGCCUAGUCGAUGAAAAGGGUAAUCUAAGUGGCGGUAGAACGCUGUUAUGUGGUUUAGGUGCAGGUGUUGGUGAAGCAAUAUUAAUUGUUUGUCCUAUGGAGACUGUAAAAGUUAAGUUUAUUCACGAUCAAACUCAACCAAAUCCAAAGUAUAAAGGGUUCUUUCAUGGUGUUAGAACUAUUGUAAGAGAGGAAGGAUUUCGAGGAACAUAUCAAGGCUUAACUGCGACAAUAUUGAAGCAGGGUUCCAACCAAAUGAUACGCUUUUUCGUUUAUAACCGGAUCAAGUCGUACUUACAGGGAGAUUCCAAAGAAAAAGCUAAGAUUUGGCAAACGUUUACUAGUGGAUUUAUCGCUGGUGCUGCUAGUGUCUUUGGAAAUACCCCGCUUGAUGUCGUAAAAACUAGAAUGCAGGGUCUCGAUGCUCACAAAUAUAAGGGAUUUGUCGACUGUGUCCAAAAGAUUGCAAGAAAUGAAGGUUUCUUCGCAUUCUAUAAAGGUACAACUCCUCGCCUUGGACGUGUUUGCCUGGAUGUUGCUAUUGUCUUUACAUUAUAUGAGAAAAUUAUGCAAUUUCUUGACUAUGCAUGGAAAACAGACUAA